AAAAGAAAAUCGAUCUAGUACGUUCGAACGGAUUUGUACGUUAUUACGAUAAUUUAAAUUGAGUUAGGGAAAGUUUACCUUUUAACGAAGAAGACCAGCAGUGCAUUAGUACAACUUUGGCAACUGUACUGUGAGCACGGUGUGUUUUAUCCAGUAGGCUCGACAAGAAGACACGUCCAAAUAAAACAAAAGGGGUUUACUAUCAACUUACUGCAGCAGCAACAACAACAAACAAAACACAAAUUCGUAAAGUAAUCAUGGGUUUAGGCGGACAGAUGGACAGUUCAGUGCAAGAGUACGUUUGCGCUUUGCCCGAGGAAGUCCGAAAGGUCGCCUUGAAGGAGCUGAGGGAAGACGAUUGUUCCAGAGAGCAGAGUCUUCAGCAGAUGAGGGAUUGGAUCAAGAAGCAUCCGAAUAUCAAGAAAUGCCGCACCGACGCACCUUUCCUGCUGCGAUUCCUUCGCACCAAAAAGUUCAGCGUUCCUCAAGCUUGCGAGAUGAUCGAGCGUUACCUGAUCAUCAGGCAGCUGUACCCGCAGUGGUUCACCAAGCUGGACUGCAACGACAAGGAUUUGUCCGAGAUCAUCGGGAGCGGUUAUCUGGUACCAUUGCCGGAACGCGAUGCCGAAGGACGGAUCAUCCUGUUCAGCACCGCCGGUAAAUUCGAUCCGCACAAGUUUACCGCUGCCCACAUGGCCCGAGUGCAUAGCCUGAUUACGGAAUCGCUGAUGGACGACGAAACGAACCAAGUCAACGGUUACGCCUACGUCAACGAUGAGGCCGGAUUCACCAUGGCCCACAUCUCGCUCUGGUCGCUGACCGACAUCAGAAACAUGCUGCGCUGCAUCCAGAACUCCACUCCGAUGAGGCACAAGAGCAACCACUUCUUGAACAUCUCCUCCAAUGCGGUCAAACUCAUCGAAUUCGCCGUAUCGCUUUUAAGCGAAAAACUGAAAUCGAGAAUCUUCAUUCACAAAUCUUUGGACGAACUCCACAAGCAAAUCGAUCCGAAAAUCUUGCCCAAAGAGUACGGCGGGCAAGUACCGCUCGCCGAUAUGAUCGACUCUUUGAAAAAGAAGUUGGCCGAGAAACGCGAUCAAGUUGUCGCUCUAGACGAGAUGUACAUCGAAAUCGACGAGAAGUCCUGCCCUUUGAUAAGCGAGAUGAACGAGGAGCUCGGCAUGGGACUCGAAGGCAGCUUCAAGAAACUGCAGGUCGACUAAGACAACAACACUCGAUACAUUCAAACUAGUCUCCCAAAAGCUCCAUCAAAACUACACCCACACAUCUAUUUAAUGAAUCUUUGCUUUAACUU